GCCAACAUCACCAUCUGGCAAACACGCAAAUCCUCUACCAUUCCUCAAACCCUAUUCACCUGUGCCUCCCUGCACAGCCUUCCCCGUCGACGACGUCGCCUUGACAUAAUCAAAAUCACUCCGCGGCAUGAUAGUAAGGCACCGUGAAGAUUAGCAGAACGGUGAACUGAGAGCACAUCCAUGUCUUGCACUUUCCAAGCGGCGGUGAACUCCAUGAGACUUAACAGUUAAGUGAAGCGAGUCGAUUCGAACCGUGAACUGGAUGUCGCAUAUGCAUCUCGGCAGUCUCGACCAUGUCGACCGCUAAGACCGCCGUCGCUGCCGCGCCCCAGGUGAACGGGUACGACCAAGCAAGCUAUUUCCCCCAGCAGCAGCAAACCUACCAGCCAGACGCCAUUGACGCCGAGACAUUACCCGUUCCCUUCGCACAGUCUCCAAGCGACUACGGCAACAGCUUAGCCGCUCCAGUUGCCAUACGUCCGGCUCGAUUUACCGAGGAAUGGGAUGCGAGCCAGCGGGGCAGCUCCGUUGCCGACGGUCCGGCAUCCGGUGUCAACCAACGGCCCGCGUCAUACUCCGGCCUUGCGGGUGGCAUUCCAGGUGACGCGCCAGCAUCCCUGACUCGUGGAAAUACGCUCAGGAAGAAAGCAUCGCUGCGCAGGAGUGGGAGUCUGAAGCGCAGCGGGAGCCGUCGGAGCAUGAAGGCCGGAAGCGUGAGAAGCCUGGCUCUGCAAUCAACUACGGAUAAGGACCAGAUGCAUAGCGCAUUUUACUGCCCCAUCCCGACUGCAACUAACCCGACCGAGAUCCUGGCCAACCGGUUUCAAGCUUGGCGUAAGAUUCUGAAAGAUCUUAUCACGUUCUUCAAAGAGAUACAGACCCAUUACGAGCACCGGGCCAAAUCCCUGCUCAAACUGGCAACCGUCCUCAACAACACUGCGACGCCACCAGGGUUGUUCCUGGCUUCCGGCGGCCUGGACGACGCAUUACGGAUACUGAGGGGCUACAGCAAGCAAGCAAUUUCGGAGGCCAAUAAAGCUAGGGAGAUUGAAGAGGACGUCAUCUUGGCCCUGACCGGGCUGAGGAGCGACCUUCAUCAAAAGAUCAAGGAGAUCAAAAACCUUUCGGGCGACUUCAAGAAUUCGGUCGAAAAGGAGAUGGACAACACGCGCAAGGCUGUGACACAGCUUCAGGAAGUUCUUGGCCAGACUGAGCUCGAUCCGUCUCUGACAACGGGGAAGCAAGACCCUUAUCUACUGAGGCUCGCUGUCGAUCGGCAGCUCGAGAGGCAAAUCGACGAGGAGAACUAUCUGCACCAGGCCUACUUGAAUCUUGAGAAUUCCGGGAGGGAGCUCGAGUCAAUCGUGGUAGGCGAGAUUCAGAAGGCGUAUAAUGCUUAUGCUGGCAUUCUCAAGAGGGAAUCGGAUGCCGCCUACAACACCAUCGAAGAGCUCCGUACUGGACCUAUCUCCAUGCCCAAGGAUAAGGAGUGGAUGACGUUCAUCCAGAGGGACGAUCGGUUCGUGGACCCUGACCUUCCGAUGCGAUCGUCCGAGACCAUACAUUACCCUGGGCGCGACCAUCCGGCCUGCCAGGAAGUACGAGCCGGGCUCUUAGAGCGAAAGAGCAAGUAUCUGAAGAGCUACACGCCCGGAUGGUAUGUUCUGUCUCCCACACAUCUCCACGAGUACAAGUCAGCGGAUAAGACUCAGGCGCCCGUCAUGUCCCUGUACCUUCCCGAGCAAAAGCUGGGAUCGCACUCGGACGAGGGUAGCUCAUCAAACAAGUUCGUCCUCAAAGGUCGGCAGACCGGACCCAUGCAUCGUGGCCAUACCUGGGUUUUCCGCGCCGAGAGCCAUGAUACGAUGAUGGCUUGGUACGAUGACAUCAAGAUUCUGACAGAAAGGACCCCCGAGGAGCGUAGCAACCUUAUGCGCGGAAAUAGCCGCAGCAUCAGCCGAUCGUCUCAGAGGUCAUCCAUCAGCAGCGACGGAGUUGGAGACGAAGAAGAACCUCCCUUCACCGCCACUGGAGUUCCGGUCAAUGAGCAGCCGAAGCUGGAUGCUCUCUCGCGGCGCCCUUCAGGGGGGCGGUUCCCUUCUGACCUGCAGGUGAACGCGCAAAGGGGAUUACAUGUCCCUGUAUCGCCUCUGAGCGUUAGCUCAGGAUACGGUGAAGGCUUUAAUCAUGACUACUUCCCGGCGACUGUUUCUCCAGGGAACGAUCUUGGACAAUCGCCUCGAGGAUUUCAUGAGUUCGUCCACGAACGCGAGACCGAAACGGAUGGCUUCCCACGUCAGAAAGCCAUGGAUGGUCCUCCUGGGAGCCGAUUUGAUAGCCCGGCCGCCGUACCCCUUCCUCAUACGCCAAAUUCACAGGAGCCUAGACAAGCAGAUGCUUCCGUGUUUGACACCAGAGCGACGGAGGACCCUAACCGGGCCGGCCCUGGACCCAUUCCAUUCGCCAGCCCCAAAUAUUCCCAAGAGCCCCCUUCUACCAGGGAUACUGCUAGGGGUGGGGUUUACGGGUCUCAGGUCACCGCGACAGCGACCGGUGGCCACACUCCAGCCCUGACGCAGAACCCAGCACCAGACGAUGGAGAACAGGCACCGCCUGGGAUGGCUAACGAUGCCGUCGAGGAUGAGCAGGCUAGACGGCCACGUGUUGUGGCUCGAGGUGACAGUGUCCCAACGGUUUCGAAUCUUCAUAUUCCUGGAGAAUACCCCAGAGGUUCGGUUGGAGGUUUAUGAGUCAUAUGGUCCGACAGCCAUUUGUGAUCUCCAG